AUGGAGGAAGUUGCAUUGGCACUUAAGGCGAUGGGCCCCCUCAAAGCUCCUGGUCCAGAUGGUCUGCCACCUGCUUUCUUUCAAAGGUUCUGGGAUUUUACCAAAGAAGAUGUGUACUCAUUCGCUUGUAAUUUCUUUCGUACUGGUUCACUUCCUUUACAUUGCAAUGAUACUCUUCUAUGCCUUAUUCCUAAAUGUACUAAUCCUGAGACUGCAGAUCAGUACAGACCCAUUAGUCUAUGUGCGGUGGUGGUCAAGAUAGUCACAAAGAUUAUGGCAUCCAGGCUAAAAGAUGUUAUGGAAAUUUUAGUCUCAACUGCCCAAUCAGCUUUUAUACCAGGGCGUUCUAUCUCAGACAACAUCUACACUGCACAUGAAGUUUUUAAUUAUAUCAAUAAAAAAAAGAAAGGCAAGCAGAUGUUUCUUGCCUUGAAGCUGGACAUGAAGAAGGCGUAUGACAGGGUGGAAUGGGAGUUUCUUGAAAAGGUUCUCCUCCAAUAUGGCUUCUCCUCUCAUUGGGUUACUAUGGUUAUGUCUUGUCUACGUACGGUCACUUACAAGCUCUUGAUUAAUGGAGCAGUGCGAGGAACAGUUAUUCCAACUAGAGGUAUUCGCCAGGGAGAUCCUCUCUCCCCAGCACUCUUCAUCUUAUGCUCUCAAGCUCUCAGCAGUGUGAUCUCUUUGUCUCAAAGAUCUGGUCUUCUAAGAGGUAUUCGAGUCCGCAAUCGGUCAGUUCCAAUAACAAAUCUACUUUUUGCUGAUGAUUGUUUACUUUUCUCUCAAAUGAAAUUGGAUGAGAUUUGUCAUUUGAAACAUUGCCUAGAGACCUACUGUAAGUGGUUGGAAGACCCGUCUCCUCUCACAUGCAGGAAAGUAGCAUUCUCUCUUGCUAACUAUGCAGCUUCACAUUUUAAGCUACCGAUCACCCAUCACAACCACCUUAAAAAGGCAGCUACUAAAUUUUAUUGGGGUGAUGGUUCUGAUAAGAACAAGAUUCAUUGGAUUUCGUGGCUUCGAUUGUGUCACUCCAAAGAGAGAGGAGGAUUGGGUUUUCGUGAUCCCACACUUCACAACAAAGCUUUAUUAGUGAAAGUGGCAUGGAGGCUUUGGUAUAAACCUGAUACAGCAUGGGCGAAAUUCAUGAAGUCAAUUUACUUUCCAAAUUGUGAGUUCUUGAAUGCAAAGUUGGGUACUAACCCAUCUUGGGCUUGGAGGAGCAUAGUGGUGGGCAGAGAGGUUUUAAGAUCCGGUUUAAUAUGGCGGAUUGGUACGGGAGAGAACAUACAUAUCUGGAAGGAUAAUUGGUUACCCUCUUUGCCAGGUUAUAAAUUACAUCAUCCGCCAUUAGAGGACUGCCCCUUUACUCAUGUUUCUGAGUUCAUUGAUCCUCAAAGCCGCUGGUGGAAUAGGACACUGAUCGACAGGGAUAUACAUCAUUCUGAAAGACCCGCUAUUUACCAAAUCCAAAUAAGCUUAUUUGAGACUCAGGACAAACAGGUUUGGGGACCAACAAAACAAGGUCUUUUCACAGUGAAGAGUGCAUAUCAUUUUCUCUGUAACAUGUGGACAGAGAAGGAGUUGGAGCGGCCAUCCUCAUCAACCAGUCAUCGAUGGCGGGAGGUUCCAACAGAUGUUUGGAAGGCCAUUUGGAAUUGCAACACCUUACCAAAGGUUAAGAAUUUUCUAUGGAGAGCUUGUGCAAACGGCCUAGCUUCAGCCUCGGCCUUGACCCACAGACAUAUACAUGUGGAUCUGAUUUGCCAUAGAUGUGGGGAGGUGUCAGAAUCGAUAUCACAUAUAAUCCUCUAUUGCCCUUUUGCACGGGCGGUCUGGCAUGGUAGCAGCGUAACAUAUGUGGUUCCAGCAGAUAACAAUGAUCCACUUUACAAAUGGAUUCAAGGUUGGGCAGCACUCAAGUCAUAUGGAAAGAAGGUUGCAAGAUAG